UGCAAGCUGAGAGAAAUUUAGACCAAAUUCAACACGAGCGGCUGCUGGACGUGUGCGAAAGCAAAGCGAAUUGAAUCGAGAGCGGAGCGCAAGCGAGAAAUUAUAGAGAAAGACUAAAGCGGGCAUACACACAUUAAUUAAUUAAUAAUAUAAAAAUAAUCUCUAUGCCGUGGCAAGGCGAAGAAGCAAAAAGUUCAAAUACCUGGCUUGAUAAAACUACCGUUAUUUAUAGCUACAGCAUUGCUAUUGUUGUCUGACGGUGCGUGCGUGCGUGCGUAUAACGGUAUUGCGAUUUGUGCAAAAGUAGGCAAAGUAGGUUGACAAGGAACGAGCUCGAGAGCGAGAAAGAGAACGAGAACGCAACGCAGCGCACACGAGAAAAGCUUGAAUAUAAAAUAUUUUUUUUAGGUCGUCGUCGCUGGUAAAAAGGAAAAGCAAAAGCGUUUGGCAAUUUUUCAGCGUAGUAGUGAAAAAAGUGUUGCAGACAUUAGCUGCAUGUGUGUUGUAUGCGGCAGGGGAGUGAAAAAAUGCAGUGCAGCAGCAAAAACAAAAACGAAGAAAUGCAAAUGGCUUGAUAGGCAACUAAAUAUUUAACAAUUUCAAUUUGAAUUCGAAUUGGAAAAUCAUAACAAACAAAAUACCGUGAUAUUUUACAACUGUGGCCUGAUUUUAGCACAGUACAAAAACAAAAGACAAAAACAGCAGAAUAACACAUAAAUAAACACACUUACACUCAGAAAGACACAGACGCGUCACACACAGACACAGACACACACACACAUAGUACAUACGAAAAGAAUAUAGCAAUAUAUGCCCAUUGAGUGCCUUAUAUCAUUUGAUAAUAAUCCACAAGGUGUCUACUAUGCCGGACAGGAACUAUCUGGCGUUGUUGAUCUUAGCGUCGAUGCGACCAAGCGCAUUAAAGGCAUUCAUGUCACCGUCAGCGGUUAUGCCAAGAUACGCUGGAUAAAAAAGGGAUAUCCGCGGGACAGCGAACGCGCCAUGUGCCGUGCCUAUCGAUCGUAUCUGUCAUCGCGAUCGUAUGUGCUUGGCUCGUGUGCCGGCAACUCCUGCAUCGACUGGCUGGCUGGCGAGUACUCGUAUACGUUUCAUGUCAUACUGCCAGAUAAUUUGCCCACAUCCUUUGAUGGCAAGUACGGUCAAAUACACUACGAGAUCAUAACGACAAUUGAACGAUCGGGUCGCUAUCCGAAAGUGUUCAAGCUGCCAUUUACCGUGAUACAACCGCUCGACCUGAAUGCCGAUGCCAUUUAUAGAGUGCCGUUAGAGAUACUUGAUCGCAAGCGAUUCUGGAGCUUUUGCUGCCCAACAGGACCGCUGACGGUGAAGUUCUCAACUCCCUACUGCGGCUAUGCACCCGGCCAAAAGAUACACUUUGUGCUUUAUAUCAACAACGAGUCGUCGAUUGACAUAACCGAGUGCGAGGUGAAACUGAAGCAGGAGGUUAGCUAUGAAUCGCAUGAUCCGCAGCAUGAGUAUCGCUAUGAUAAGCAUCUGAUAGCUUUAAAACAGUUCGGCAAUGUGUUACGCUGGUCGAGAAAGGUGUAUCGAGGCUACUUGGAUCUGCCCUCGAUACCGCCGACCUCGGUGAAGCCGACAUGUCCCAUUAGCGUUAACUAUUCGAUUAAGAUAAUUGUGAAUCCAACGGAGUUUCAUUGGAAGCUGAAACUAAAAAUUCCGCUGACCAUUGGCAGCAUACCCAUCAUGGAUGGACCCGAGGCUCUGCUGCGAUUCAAUCGCCAGCAGCAGCAGCACCAAGUAGUUAGUCAAAAUUUUCAAAUGUCAACGCAGCAAACCCAACGGCAGCGUGAUCGUAAUUCCGUACCAGACCAGCAGCGCUUAAGUACCAAUAACAACAACAUCAACAACAAUCAAUCAACAACAACAACAGCAACAACCGCAACAACACUGGCAACGCAAAACGCAUUGGGUGAAGGUGCAACACUGCCGUUAUCAACAAGUCCCCAUUCAUCAACAACGCCAACAACUGCCACCCUGAGGCCCUUGGCCAUGCCAGCGAUAUUAGUGACCAGCGAUAGCGAUAAUCCGCCAGACUAUAUACCCAUGAUGCCGCCCUCGUAUGAAGAUGCCAUGGCUCUGAGCGAGAAAUUCAGCGAUGAUAUCGAAUUUUUGACAAAUGUUAGCAUGAGCAGCAUUAUGUCUGCUCAGGGCGAUGUAACAAGUGAGCGUGAGCCCUUUAAACCGCGUUACCCGGUCUAUUACGAUUAUGAGACACCGACCAUACCGCCCGAGACGCUCUACAGUGAAUCCAGAACGCAAUUUUGCUUCGCAGUGCAGCAGGAAACGGUGUUGGCGACAGAUGAAGAUGCAAAUGCCCAAGGAAGAACUAAAUUACCAAAUUACGAAAAGAAAUAACGGAGAUUAAUGGCUGCAACAACAACAACAAGAACAACAAUUACAUAUUUAAUCAAAAUCAAAAAUAAUCUAAACACGUUUGAGAAAUCAUUGCGCGAAAUUAGCUUUUAAGUCUGAUGUGAAACAAUUUUGAUUGACAAAAGGUUUAUAAACCAAAUAAUAUAUAUAUAUUUUGCAAGAAAAGCAUAGACAUAUUCACCAAGUAGAGCAUAUAAACUAAUCAAAAUCUAUCUUAAAUCUUAAACUUCAUUUUGUUUGUAAUAAUUUCUAUCCAUUUCUGAAAUUUCUAACAAUUUUAUUUAUCCAAUCGCUUUCCUCUUAAGAACUAUCCAUAAUUUCUAUAAAUUUCUUUAACCCAAUUGCACUGGCAGCAUAUGAUACAUACUAGUACUUAUUAUACAUAAAUAAAUAAAGGUAGUUAAUGCAUACUUAGUAAACCGUUUAGGCUUAAGCAAAUAUAAGACAAUUUGCACAAUUUUACCAAAAGAAAAACUUAACAUUUUCAAUGUUUACAAUGUCUAUGAAAAAUUUACACAAAACUCUAAAAUUAGCCAAAAUAAUGAAAAACUAAGAAUCUUUGCGUUUAGUUCAAUACUUGUACUAAUUGAAUUUUAUGGACAAUUUUUACCCUGACUAUAAUGUGUACAUUUCCGUAUUCGAUUUUUAUCUGAUAUGAAACUAUGUGUAACUUUAAAUUUAUACUUUAGUUGUCUUUCUUCUAUUGACAUAUAAUUGUGAACUCAUGUGUACUUCCUCUAAUUUGAAACCAGUCUAACCAGAAAUACUCUUAAGAAUACUCUGUCUUCAAUUAAUUCAAAAUAAACCAAAAAGGAGCAAUAUAUAUACAUUCUCGUAUAUAUAAUACUUAU